AUGUCUUACAAUCCACGAAUGAGUCUUGCGCCCAGCUCGCAACAACAAAAUCGAGGCAAGAAGAAGGAAGAAGAGAGCGAUUCAUUCAUGCGCCUGCCCGACAAAGAGAUUGCAGGAUGUAUAAGCGAUAUUGGGGUGCCUUUCACGGCGGCGGAUCUCUUAAAGCCAAACCCUCUCCAAAUUCAAAUGAUUUUUGAAUGGUUCGCAGAGCUUCUUAUGAACACCACCCGCGAUACAGUCGACCCUGCUAUGCGUGCAGCAUCCGAGGAUAUAUGUGAAGAUUACCCAGACAUAGUGCCGGCAGAAACAAGAAAUCUCAUGGGUUUCUACGUCAGUCUACGGAAAUUGCUCUUUGAAUGUGGCAUUACGGACUUCUCAUUUCAGGAUUUAUACAAACCAACGCACGAUCGCUUAGUGAAGAUAUUCUCUUAUAUCAUCAAUUUUGUACGCUUCAGAGAAAGUCAAACGCAAGUUAUUGAUGAACACUUCAACAAGGCUGAAACUACGAAGGUCCGGAUCGAAACGCUCUACAUGGAGAACCAAGAGAUGGAAAGCCGCUUGGAUGAGUUGAAGCGGAACCGCAGGGCGAUGGAGGUACAUAUUUCGGAAAAAGUAAAACGCAAUGAGGAGUUGAAGAAAAGGCUCCGGGAACUGCGUCAAAGCCAAGAGAAAAUAGCCCGACGGUUUGAAGGACUCACAAAGAAGAAGAAGGAAAUGACUGCUGUUUUGGAGGAAAAAACUGCUGCGACCAUUGAACUGAAGCAAGAAAGCUCGAAGCUACAACCAUAUGUGACUCAGUCACCAGCUGCCCUGCAGGCUUCCCUGACGGAAUUGAGUAAUGCACUGAAUACGGACAAGGCGCAAAUUGAUGCCUUUGAUCGACGAGCCCGUGCCCUGCAGACUUCGACCGAUACGUUCACAGUAGUAUCUACUGAUGUAGUUUCAUGUACGAAACUUCUAGAUGAGAUUUCGAUCGAAUUGGCCAAGGAGGAGGAUGAAAACGUAAAAGUGGCGAGACAACAAGAUGCAAUAGGUGCGAGAACGAAUAAUGUACGAGAGGUGGAAAGAACCGAAGCUUUGCUACAGCGUCAAUUAUCGAAACAUCUCGAGCGGACAGAGAAAUUGAGAGACGGCAGCAAAGCAAAAGCUAUGAGUGCUAAAGAGAGAAUGGAAGAAUUGAGGGCUGUGCACAGAAAGCUCACAGAAGAGAGAAACGAAAAAGGGAGGGAGAUGGAGAGGAGGAAAGUGAGGAUAGAGCAAACAGAAAAGAAGGUAUGGAUAUUAGAACCUUUGAGAAUACCAUGCAGGUUCACUGACACAUCAUAG